AGGGUGUCCAUCUAGUUCCCGUCAGCGCUUUCGUCCUGAGAAUCGCAGGACGUGCAUGAUGUUUCUUCCUGUCCUACGACCCGUCCAGAAAUCCGCAUCGCGGCUGCUGCUGGCCGGCACCAAUGCAGCAGUGGAGAUCUCAGACCAUGGCGUGCCCUUGGAGGUGCAGCCUCCGACCACUGCGGUCUACCCCAACUGGAGCCAAGCGGUGCAGAUCGACCCGCGGCUGACCGCAGCACAAUGGCAGGGAGCUCGAUGGCCCGUGGCGGUCGAGAAUCUGUUGGCCGGCGCAAGCGGCUCCAGAAGUUCGCGCGAGCCGCAGGAAGAGCAGGAUACCACCUUGGAGUCACAGCCAGAUCAGGGCAGACAGGCUUCAGAGACAGGUGCCCAGUGCAUGUGGCAGCUAGAUGCCCAUGCUGCUUUUCCCCCCGGCGCCUGUGUGUGGCCAGCUGUCUUUAUGACCAGCGAUGGCUGCUUCAGCGCUGGUUUUCCUGUGGCUAGUGUACCUGCAGAUGUUCUGCAGCCGCCCGUGCAGCAGGCGCAGACAGGCGACGUCCAGGGCCAGGAGGCCGCGUCUAGUGGCUCCUCGUCACCACGAGGGCUGCGGACGUCCGCCAGCCGGAAGCAGCGCCGCCGUUUGAAAGCCGCGGCAGACAGUGCUGCAGCUGACGAAGUACAGCUGAAAGCACAGCCUGCGCUACCUGGCCUCAUCACGGCACCGCGGGCCGAGGCUCCGGCACUGCCGUCGAGCCCGCUCGCCGAGGAGCCUCAGCAGCUGUGGCCGCCGACCCCCGAGUCAACGCCCCCGUGCACGCCGCGGUACAUGAAUAGCAUGCCCACCUUCUGCGCGUUUCCAGGCGUGUGGCAGAUGGAGAUGCCCGUAGCAAAUGAGAGCUUCCAGGUGUCCCAGGCAGUGACGGAGGACAUCCCCGACGAGGAGACCCAGGCAUGCGAGCAGAUGAUCUGCCAGCUGGACGACGAAGCUGGGCGAGCCGAGGUGCUGGAGCUCCUGUGGAGCUCCGCCUGGUCCAUGUCCUGCAGCCCCGGCGGCACGCGGGUGGUGCAGAAGGCCCUGGAGGUGGCCGACACACCGGAGCGUAUGGCUUUAGCCGAGCAGUUGCGGGGGCACGUGAAGGAAGCUUUUGCUUCGCCCCACGCAAACCAUGUCCUUCAGAAGUGCAUCGAGCUCAUCCCGCCGGAGCGCCUCGGCUUCGUGCUGGCGGAGAUGCAGAGCCACACGGUGGCCGCGGCGCGGCACCGCUACGGCUGCCGAGUGCUGGAGCGCCUCCUGGAGCAUUGCCCCACUGAACAGACCGCGCCGCUGGUCGAGGAGGUGCUGGCCGGGGCGCCGCAGCUCUGCCGCCACACCUUCGGCAACUUCGUGGUGCAGCACGUCUUGGAGCACGGGACGGUGGCGCAGAAGCACCGCAUCGUGGAGGUGAUCCAUGCCGACAUCCAGCGCCUGGCCCGGCAUCGGGUGGCCAGCCACGUGGUGCGUUGCGCCCUGAAGCACAGCGCUCCUGAAGACAGGCACAAGCUGGUUCAAGCCAUUCGGAAGGACCCAGCGGACCUCGCGGAUUUGGCCCACCACCACUGCGGCAGCUUCGUGGUCCGUGAGAUGCGCCGCGCUGACGGUGCCCGGCACUGAUGCCGCAAACCGCCGGACUCUGGGCCGUUUGGGCCCAAGCGCUCCCGCGAUUCUCCCUCGCGGAGAGACCGAAAUUCGCCGAUUUCUGCUGGCGGCCCAUUUUUGGCAGGUCGCGUCAAGUUGGCGGAGAGUCGGGAUGGCGUGAUUCGCUUCCUGAAACGGCAGGAUGGCUUUGCUUGACCUGCACCGCGACGCCAGCAAACGUUCCGCUUUCGACUGGCCUUUUGCAAACCGGCACAUGACAACUGGCAGAGGCCAGGCGCUCAAUCCUUUUGUCCGGAGGCUGUACGUGUCACAGUCAGCAAAGGACGCAGCUUAACGCUGGCAGUGGAUUGACUGGCCACCUGUUGUUUGUAUUCAACUAACCAAUGA